AUGUUUUCUUGUCAUGACUUUACGGGUCACUGCACCUUCUGCUUUAGAAAUGUGUUUAAUGAGCCAAUUACAUACUGCGAGUGCGGAACAGAAUUCUGCAAUGCACAUGUGAAAUAUCAUAUGGAGAAUGACCACAAAAGGAUAUUAGUGACUAUUACAGGAAAAAUGCCUGAUAUUGAAAUAAAAAUAGAAAGCUCUGAAAGGGAGAUAGAGAAAGAAUCUCUUGAGAGUCAAAUCAGGCAGUGCCUGUUUACACCCGUUGUAGAAGGUGCACAGAUAAAAAAGUGCCCACAUAUAAAUGUAGACAAGGAAAUACGCAUAGAAAGUGCCACCUGUACAAAUUGCGAUAUAAACAGCAACUCCUGGGCGUGUGUGAAGUGCAGUACGGUAUUCUGUGGACGGGAACAGUAUGGAAUAGAAGGAAAAGGACACGGAAUGAAGCACUAUAUGGAGGAUAAUGAGCAUUGUACAUAUCUGAAAGUGCAGAAUAUAGACAGCAAUAAGAAGAUUGUUGAUGUGUAUUGUUAUAAGUGCGAGAGCAUGGUAGGGCAUGAUAUAUAUCCAUACAUAAGAAAUCUCAUACCAAAUGCAAAUAAUAUUCAUAGUGAAAAGCAUAAAGAAGAUGCCUGCAAUGAAGAAGUUGCAAAAGCAGAUGCUGAGCCAGUGCUAAAUACACUGGAACUAGCAAGAAGACUGAAUAGCAAGACAGAAGAAAUAUCCCGUGAUUUAGAGAAAGAAAGCACAACACAAAUUAUACCGUAUAAGACUGUGUGGUCUGAAGGAGGAAUAGUUGACCUAGGGAAUACGUGCUACAUUUCAUCUGUUUUGCAGGCUGUGGCAUACUGCAUCUCUGCGGCUGGGUGCAUGAAUAUGCUCAAGCCAAUUUACUACACAGAAUGUGAAAGACCAAAGGAGUGCUUUGGAUGCCAGUUCAGGAAAGUGAUUAAACAAGUAGACUUAUCGCACAAGACUAAGGUUGAAAGCUUCUCAGUCAAUAGUUUGUGCAAAGUGAUUGAGAGCAUGUACCCAAGAUAUGUCAUAGGAACACAGCAAGAUGCUUCAGAGUACCUCACAGACAUGCUUAUGCUUGUAGAAAGCUACAGUGAAAUGGGACAUUUUUCAGAGUUGCACGAGUGCUUUAAAAUCAGACAGGAAAUUCACAUUGUCUGCGACAGCUGCAACACUUUUACAUCGCAGGAGGAGAUUGGCCCAGUUAUAUACAUAGGGUCAGAGCAGAAAGUGGAGGAAAUAUUCUCGCCUGAGAUGCUGCCUGCUGUAUGCGAGUGCAAAGAAAGAAAAAAAAGAAAGACAUAUCUGACAAAACCCCCUAAAAUACUGACAGUUGGAAUAAACAAAGAUGUAAACAGCAACGAAAAAAGGACUAUUCCAGAUAUUUUAAAUGUAAAAAGCCUACCCGGAAAGAAUAUACAAUACCGGCUAGAGGCAGCAAUUAUCCAUAAGGGCACACCCCAGGCAGGGCAUUACGUCGUGCAGGUGCCCCUUGCAGAAUGCAAGCUAGGGAAGUCUCUUUUUCAGGACUUUGAAAAAAAGGAGAAAGAACUGCAUGCCAAACUAGAAGAAGAGGUGUGCGCAGAAAAAAAGGAGGAUGACGCAGACGCAUCAUCUGCAAGCACCAAUAAAAAGCACAGAAAGUGCACACCAAUCACUCAAGAAAAUGCGUAUGUAGUGCACGACAACGAAAAGACAGGAAUACAGGAGCUGCUGCAGUCUGAUGCAACACUUCUCUUCUAUAAAUUAUUCAAUGAAUAA